UCCUCUAUCGUCCUAUCCUGUGCGCUCCAGCUACCGCAUACACGUACGUUUAGCUUGGACAUCUGCUGGGACAGACUACAUUGUGGGAGCUGGACACCUGUCACCCUGCUAUCAGAGUCACAUUGGAAUUGCUGGUCAGAAGGAGAAAGGUUGUAAGGAUGUUGACGUCCGUCGCAGUGCUCGCCGUGAUCGUCGCUGUCGUCGCAGGUGACGCUUCUCUUGGGUCAGUGUUUGACCAGUAUUACCAGUGGCGAUUGAAGGAGUCCCCGGAGAUGGCCACCUACCUCAACGUGCACGACUACGACGAUGUGUUGGAUAAGUUUGGAUUAGGGGAAAUGGACUUUGUGAAGGCGAAGGUUGAUGAGUUUCUGGUGAGUCUCAGUAAGAUCGACUACAACUCUGUGCCCAGACAACAACGCUACAACUACGCCGUCCUAAACGACACACUCACCACCGUGUCGCAGGGAUACCAAUGGAGACUGUAUGGCGCUCUGACCCCAAUCAACUUCCUGCAAGGUAACCAGGUCGACCCCGGCUUCAUUCUCCAGAUCACACCCUUCUCCACACAGAAGGACUACGAGAAUUUCAUCUCCCGACUUGCAGCUGAACCCCAACAGGUGUCGGACAAAAUCAGUCUGAUGAGGGAGGCUAUACGAUUGGGGAGAACCAGCAACGCAGUGUCCAUGGACCGGAUUCCUGGUGAAAUAGAUGACAUGAUCAAGGACGACCCUAGCCAGUUUAUCUUCUACAGACCAUUUAAAGCCGAUAUCAACAAACUGAACCUUACUGGCAUUGUCAAGACAGAUUUGAGAGCCCGGGCUUUGAAUGCAUCAGACCAAUACAUCCGGGCACUGAGGCAGCUGAAGGAUUUCAUUCUGAAGGAGUACAUCCCCCAUGCUAGAGGUUCAUACGGUGUUGGUGGACUCAACCAAGGGGGAAACUAUUAUACUCAGGUGUUGAAGUGGCACAUCACAGUUGACACCCCUCCUGGGCGGGUCCAUCAGAUAGGCUUAGAUGAAGUUGCACGGAUCAGCAAGACGAUGACACAGAUAAUGCAGAGGCAGAACUUUAGUGGUACCAUCGAAGAAUAUUUCACCAUGCUGAGUAAAGAGCCGAGAUUCCAUUUCAAAACAGCUGACGAGAUCAUUGCAAGAUACCAGGAUUUAAUCUAUAACAGAUUCUACCCAGCUUUACCCAAGAUGUUCAAGAACAUACCAACUCAGAAAGUCAAAGUUACCAAGAUGGCUACAGACGGUCCGCCAGCCCAGUACAUGCCCGGGUCCUCUGAUGGGUCCAGACAGGCCGAGUUCCAGGCCAACGUCUUCAGGCCCAACGAAACCGACAGUUACACAAUGGUGGGAUACGCCCUUCAUGAAGCGGUACCAGGCCACCAUCUUCAGAUCACCAGGCAACAGACCUCAGACUUGCCCGACUUCAGGAAGGAAGAUACCGGUGGUUCCAGAUAUAGCGCGCCUUUCUCCUUCUCCUCGUACACGGCUUAUAUCGAGGGUUGGGCGUUAUAUGCCGAAUCACUUGGAGAGGAGCUUGGUCUAUAUGUCGACGAUUAUGAACUAAUGGGUCGAUAUGUUAACGAAAUGUUCCGGGCUUGCAGACUGGUGGUUGAUACAGGAAUACAUUUUAUGGGGUGGAGCAGGGAUCGUGCUGUUAACUUCUUCAAACAGUACUCGGCGCUAAGUGGAGGAAAUCUCGCGAACGAGAUCGACCGCUACAUCACGUGGCCAGGCCAGGCAUGCGCAUACAAGAUAGGAGAACUGAAGAUCCGUUCUCUGAGAGAAGCAGCCAAGAAUGCCUUAGGAUCCAAGUUUGACAUCCGGGACUUCCACGAGGUUAUUCUGUCAGCUGGACCGGUUCCUCUGUCACUGCUGGAAACUAUUGUCAUCGACUGGAUCUCAGACGUUCUUAAACCAAGUCAAAUGUCAACAUCCGGGUACCUGCCUGCUACUACUUCCGGUCAACAGCAGACGACCAGGAGCGUACCAGAAACAACAUGGCGACAUGUUUCAAACGGCCCUGUCUACACAUUCACUGGACAGUUGCCUAUUCUGCCUAAUAUUGGAUGAACACAAACUGAUGUACCAAAACAUUCAUCGGAAUUUACAGCUGGACGGGUUUGGAAUAAAACUGUGGCAAUGGAACUCGA